CCUCCGUCAGCUGCUACGUCAAUUAUUCGACCCAGCUUGUCCAGCUGUCCUUCUAUCUUCACAAUAACAACGCAACCUAUCCCGAGCUACAUAAUUGAGCAACAAGCCGGUUUUCUGCGAACAUCAAUUCUACAAUUCGCCUCAGGAAAAGAUGGAAGGCGCUCAAGCUCCCGAAGAUCCAGCAGCGGCAAGGGCCGCGGAACAAGCACGUCUGCGCAAAGAACGCCGUGAAGCUAAGAUUAAAGCUGGAGGAGCUGCACGACUGAAUAAGAUCACUGGCUUAGGAGGCGGCAUACAACGAGAUCCUCAACCUUCAUCCGAGACACCACAAGCAACCACAACAUCCUCCGAUGCCACCACGACAUCUACUCCAGCUGUCGACUCACAUGGCGACCCGGAAGAGGUAGAUAUAUCGCAGCACUACUACGAACCGAACCGCACCCCCCGCCAACAAUCCGCCGACACAUCUAGCGAUAUAUCGCAAGCCCAACUACGUCAAAUGAUGCUCGACCUCAACGCUGGCAACACCCCACCACCCACAGGCGGUCCCGUACCCCCAGGUAUGGAAGGCAUGGAGCAAGAUCCAAUGAUGCAAAUGCUCACGCAAGUGAUGUCCGGCGGCCCAGGCGGACCCGGUGGCAACCCCUUCGCCGGCACACCAAUGGAGAGCCUCCUCGGUGGCCUAGGAAACUUCGGCGGUAACAACACCAGCAACAUCCCCGGCGCAGUCCCAAAUCCCAUGCAACAAGCCCAAGCCGUAGCCACAAACAAAACCGCCAACCUCUGGCGUAUCCUCCACGCCGUCUUCGCCCUUGGGCUCGGCCUCUACGUAGCCCUAUCAACAACCUUCACCGGCUCCCUAACCGAACGCGAACACUCCGCCAUAAACACAACCAAAAACACGAAUGGAAGUGCACAGACAGAAGUCGACAGCAUCGAGAGCGCACGCGCGUAUUUCUUCUACGUAUUCGCAUCCGUCGAAGCCGUUCUCCUAACAACGCGAUUUUUCCUCGAUAAAAAACGGGAUUCGCCCGCUGGGUGGAUGUGGACAGUAACAGGGUUCUUACCUCCCCCUGUUAAGGGGUUUACGCAGCAUGCGUUAAGGUACGGGCAGAUAUUGAGUACUGUGCGGAGCGAUGCGUUGGUUUGUGUGUUUGUGCUGGGUGUCUGUUCGUGGUUCCGGUCGUGAGAGUGGGAAGACUGCUUGGACUAGGUGUUUAAUGAGGUACAUGGUAAUUAUGUGAUGUGAUGGGAGGUUGUUUCUAAUAAAAUCGCAUGUAUUGCGUUUAUGCACCAUCGGGCGUAAUUAUUUCGCAGAAUAGCAUUGUCGAGUUUUCCUCGUGAGUGACGUGAUACCCCAAGAAUUGGGCAGAGCUGAGUCUUCUAUCACGAUAUCUAAUUAUCUGAUGCCUAUCUAUAUUCAGCGUUUUUACCGUAUCUCACGAUAAUGGUGGAAGAUCCAUAGAAGCAUUAUAAUCCCUUAAAGCCAAUGCUGUUUCACUCGUCCUCACAAAUCCUUGUCCUAGUUUUUUCCA